CUCGUCUCAAUUCAAGCCGAACUUUUUUCCGGAAAAUCUGCGUAAACAUUCUACCCAAAUCCGCUUUUCGAACGGAAUUUAUAGGAGAGUUUUCUCUGGUGCCCGAGGACGGGGAAUGUAUCGGACGGAAGUGAAAACCGUGCGAUUUAAUAAUACAACAGUGACUACAAAGCACCGUUUAAAAAUGUAAUCUUUUAACCAAUUCGUAGACACUAAAAGUGAAACUAAUACCAUGAAAUGGAAUCCUCAAUUUCCGGCCAACUUCUAAGCGAGAAAAGCUUAGUCGGAUUUUAGUUUUCCCAACAAAGUUUAGCAAAAAUUAUUGUUAUUAAACGAAUUUCUGCCGCAGAAGAAUAACAGUGCAGCAGUUACGGCCGCAACAAAGUGUGAGACCAAAACCGAAACCGAGACCGGGACCAGACCUCGCCAUAAACCCGUUCCCCGUGCAGCAGAAGCCGGGCGGAAAUUAGCAGCCACAUCAAUUUCCAGCUCGGACUUAAUUAAACGCGUGCUGCCAGUGCCCAGCUACGUUCCAGGAAGAAUUUUCGCCGGAAAUUAAUUGAAAUUUACAGCCCGCAACGACUGGCAACAGGCGGAAAACAAAUGCGCUCACCAUCGUUGUUCCAGCAGCUGCUGUCGUGCCCGGUUGCGCCUGCGCUGUCGUUGUUGCACUGAUCCGUCAUUCAUCCAAAAAGUUUGCGGAAAAAUGGCUGGGAGAAUACAACAGGCACGAGGCGGCCACACCACCGUCCCAGCCACCGCCACGCUUUUGAUGCUGCUGCUGCUGCUGACGAGCUGCGGUAAACUUCAACAGGCGUUGGGCCACAUUGUGUAUGGGGGCCAGCAAUUAGCGGGGCCAUGGGGCGAGGGAGCAACUACAGCUACGCCAAGGACGACACUGCCCUCGACGGCAUCAAGCGGCAAUUUAAAUUCAAAAUUUGCAACGGAGCCAGCAGCAGCACCACCCACCGAAACCAUAAAAACCAUAGAAGAGCAGCAGGUGACAGCCGCAGUGGAGGGCGAGGUCUUUCAGGUGACACCAGCAGGCGCGGGAGAACCUACAGCAGGCCAAUUACCUUUAAGUAUGCUUCCGACAGCCGCAUCAAGUGCAACCGGAACUCUAGUAUCCACAACAACCGAAGAACACAAAGCUUCUGCUAAGUAUUUUGUGUUCGGCACCCAGCAGCAGGAUAUGAUGAUAGAUGCGGCAACAACAGCAGAAAGUGCUACAGAAGCAGAACCGAGAGCAGCGCCAGGUGUGGCAGAAGCAGCAGCAUCAGCAGCAAUCGAAAGUGCUGAGGCCACUGUAGCAAUUCUGGAGGCAGCCGCAGAGACGGCCACCGGGGGACAACGAAUGCGAGUCAUGCAUGCACAAGACGCAACAGAGGCACCAGAGGCAGCAGGGAUUCCCUUACAAACAACAGUAUUAUCCGAGGAAAAUGUGCAACCAAUUGCCGCAGCAGAGCCACAGCCACCCACAGAAAUGUUGAAAGCAUAUAGUGAAACUACAGCUGGAACAGCACCAGCAGCUCCAAUAAGAGAAAUAAAAGGGAAGCGCGUGGCGCCAACGACACCCACACCCACACCCACACCCACACCCAUGCCGACAGCAACAAGAACAACGGCGGUGCCACCGCAUGUAGAAAAUAAAAACGUUGCCCAGGCUGGAAUCAAAUUAAAUAUGGAGAUGUUGGCUGCCACACAGAGCUAUGCAAAUGCCACUGUGGCCGGGGCCGGUGACGGGUCGGCGUGGGGCGAAACACAACAAACCGAUCCAACGACGAUAUUGACAACAAUAGAAACAACGCUUCAGACAGCAGCCCCCUCGGGAGUGGGGAAAACCGUGCCAGCACCCAGAUUAUUGGGAGGAGCCGGUAUAAUGUUGCAGCUCCUGGCCAAUUCCCUGGGCAGCUCCGCUUCCGCUUCCCCCUUACCCUCACCCUCGCCAGCUCCCACAUCCGUGUGGCCUGUAAAGCAUGCGGCCGUGCUGGAGGGCGACGUCAUCCUGGGCGGCCUCAUGAUGGUGCAUUCGCGGGAAGACAGCAUCACCUGUGGCCCCAUCAUGCCACAGGGCGGCAUCCAGGCACUGGAGGCUAUGCUGUAUACUCUGGACCAAGUGAAUAAGCAGCAAUUGUUGCCGAACGUCACGCUGGGCGCCCAUUUGCUGGACGACUGCGACAAGGACACCUACGGCCUAGAGAUGGCAGUGGACUUUAUAAAAGGCUCCAUCAGCAACAUUGACGAUGCCGAAUAUCAUUGCAACAAGACGCAAGUAAGGAAGGUCAUCUCCGGGGUGGUGGGCGCCGCCUCCUCGGUAACCUCCAUACAAGUGGCCAAUUUAUUGCGCUUAUUCCGCAUACCCCAGGUAUCCUACUUCUCGACCAGCCCAGAGCUGAGCAACAAGCAACGCUUUGAGUACUUCUCCCGCACCAUACCCUCGGAUCAUUACCAGGUGAAGGCCAUGGUGGAAAUUGUGAUGCGGAUGGGAUGGAGCUACGUUUCGAUUAUCUACGAGGAGAGUAAUUACGGCAUCAAGGCUUUCGAGGAGCUGGAGGAGCUACUGGCGCGCCAUAACAUUUGUAUUGCCAUCAAGGAAAAGCUGGUGAAGGAUUCUGGAGUGGCCGAGGAUAUUGCAUACGAUAAUAUCGUGCAAAAGCUGUUGACCAAGCCCCGCGCUCGAGGUGCCAUCAUCUUCGGGUCCGACCAGGAGGUGAGGCAGGUGAUGCGGGCUGUACGGCGGGCCAAUGCGACGGGCUCGUUCUCCUGGAUAGGCUCCGAUGGCUGGAGUGCUCGAAAUCUUGUUUCCGACGACUACGAACCAGAGGUGGAGGGCACCCUCUCCGUGCAGCCACAGGCGAAUCCAGUGCGCGGCUUUGAGGAGUACUUCCUCAACUUAACUGUCGAGAACAACCAACGCAAUCCGUGGUUCGUAGAAUUCUGGGAGGAUCAUUUCCAAUGCCGCUACCCAGGCAGCACCAGCACCCCCUACAACAACUACACCAAACAGUGCACCAACAAAGAGCGACUCUCGCGGCAGAACACUGACUUUGAGGAUCAGCUGCAGUUCGUUAGCGAUGCGGUUAUGGCAUUUGCCUACGCUCUUAGGGACAUGCAUCACGACCUGUGCGGGGGAAGGCCCUCGCUGUGCGAUGCCAUGAAGCCCACCAAGGGGGCCGACUUGCUAAAAUAUUUGCGUAAAGUUCAAUUCAAAGGCCUCAGCGGCGACCAUUUUCGCUUCGACGUGAACGGCGAUGGACCGGCCCGGUACAACAUCAUCCACUUCAAGCAGUCGCAGAUCGGCCAGUACCACUGGGUGAAGGUGGGCGAGUACUACGAGGGCGAGCUGCGUUUGAAUAUGUCUGAGGUGAAGUUCAAGCGACUGAGUCCGAAGCCACCAGAGUCCGUCUGCAGUUUGCCCUGCGAUGUUGGUCAGGCCAAGAAAUAUGUCGAGGGCGAGAGCUGCUGCUGGCACUGUUUCAAUUGUACAACUUAUCAAAUUCGUCAUCCUGAUGACGAGACACAUUGCCAGCUGUGCAAAUGGGGCACGCUGCCCGACGCCCACAAGCAGUACUGCCGGGCCAUACCAGAGGUGUACCUGCGACCAGAGUCUGCCUGGGCCAUUGGGGCCAUGGCAUUUAGCUCCACGGGUAUUCUGAUAACGCUCUUUGUAAUGGGUGUAUUUGUCAAGCACAAUGAUACGCCCAUAGUUCGAGCCUCUGGACGGGAGCUGAGUUACAUCCUGCUGGCCGGCAUUUUCAUGUGCUACGGAGUCACCUUUGCCCUGGUCCUGAAGCCCAGCAACAUAGUGUGCGCCAUUCAGCGGUUCGGCGUGGGCUUCUGCUUCACCGUUGUAUAUGCUGCACUGCUGACCAAAACGAAUCGCAUUGCACGGAUCUUCAAAGCAGGCAAACAGUCUGCCAAGCGCCCCUCGUUCAUUAGCCCGAAAUCUCAGCUGGUGAUUUGUAUGUUCCUCGUCACUGUCCAGAUACUCAUCAACGGCGUUUGGAUGGUAAUUGCUCCAUCACAUGCCAUGCAUCAUUAUCCGACACGCGAGGAUAAUAUGCUCGUUUGCGACUCGUAUAUAGAUGCCUCCUACAUGAUUGCGUUCUUUUAUCCAAUCGUUUUGAUUGUAAUUUGCACUGUCUACGCGGUCCUCACGCGAAAGAUACCAGAGGCAUUCAACGAAUCGAAGCAUAUUGGCUUCACCAUGUACACGACCUGCGUGAUUUGGUUGGCAUUUGUGCCGCUAUACUUUGGAACCGCCAACCAUGUGCCCCUGCGCAUAACCAGCAUGUCGGUGACCAUCAGUCUAUCCGCGAGUGUGACCAUCGCAUGUCUGUUCUCGCCCAAGCUCUACAUAAUACUCAUUCGUCCGGAGCGCAAUGUGCGGCAGAGUAUGAUGCCUCCGCGCCAUGGCAACAUGCACCGCACGGCAGGAACAGGACCCUCGUCGAUGAUGGCCGCUGCGGUUGUGGGCGCCGCCACCUGCGCCCAGGAGGAGAAGAUACAGAGGCACAUCACGCCCACCAAUACGGAGGCCUCGCUGAAGACGAAAAAAUUAUGCGAAAUGGCCACGCAGACGAUUUCCAGCAUCUUCACAUCGCUGGACAUCAACACCUAUAACCAGAUUCCCUAUGCCGAUCAGUUUGUGCCAAAUAAUACGGCCAUAGCAACGAGCACGCCCACGCCCCCAGCCAGUGGAGACAAUGAGGAGCACGUGGUAUCCAACAACAACAAAAUCAAUCAGAUGCAACACGGCCAGGCAGCCGCUACCAAUGUUGCCUCCACGGCCGUCAAUGGUAUUACCAGCGCGCCGGCAACCACAGCAGCAACAGCCGCGGCAGGAAUUGUGGGAACAACAGCAGCAGCAGUGACUGCGAUAGCUGCCACAGUGACUACAAUUGCAACAUCCACCAGCACAGAUGCCACAGGAACCACCAAUGCCACCAAUGGCAGCCAUCGGGGGCCCGUUCUGCAGACAAACUUAUAACUAAACGCUCAGGAACUGCAGCAGCAGCUGCUAAAGGAGCAGCUUCGACAGCGGCAACUGGAGGCACUGGACCCUCAACAAGAGCCAUUGAAGGAAGAGCAGCAGCAAACAAUGACGCAAGGUUCCGGCAGCGAUGGCGGCAGCAUAGGUAGUGGAACCGCCUCCAGGAAACGGGCAGCCAUACCCGUCUAAAGUCCACCAUGGAAGCAUCCAAUAACAAUACGCGCGAGUAAGUGGCAGAAAAUGUGAAUAUACUGUAAGUUUUCUAAAUGUCCAACAGGACGGUACAGGGAGAGAGGCAGCACUGGGAACCGGUUGGGGAACGGGAACGCCCUCUCAUGUUCCUGCUAAAGAAACGAUAACUAUAUCAAACUUUAGAACUUUAGCAGUAUCAUGUGAGGGCUGGCCCAAGGGAACUGAAUGAAGAACGUAAGAGUAUACAUAUAUCCGCUAUUCCGCUCCCCUCAACCGAAUAAAUUCGGUUUCCAAUGAUGUACGCGUAACCAAACCAAACGAUUUGUCAAACAAUUUGUCAGCCAUUAAGAAGUAAAUGAAUAUUAAGUGUUUAUCUUUAAGCUUGUCUAUCCCUUUCUUCAAGGAUUGUUUGAAAAUAUUGCAGAAAGGAAUAAGAUAUAGAGAUGGAAACGUAAACGGAAACGGAAAACAAAAGAAAAUGAAUGAAAAAUGUGAUAUAAUUUCAAAAAUGUGUUUUCUAAAACUACGAUUAACUAUCUGAACUUACAAUUUAAGAGUUAUGCAUAGGCCAACGUACAAGCUGAAGGUACAAGUAAGACCUGUACCGCAGCACUGGAGAGACAGUUGACAAGGGGGCGCAAUUAUGUUCCCAAGGGGCUGGGACCCAGCCCCUUUGGAAUGUAGCGGCGGGAGUGGAGCCACAGCCACGUACAACAAUUGCAAUUAAAAUUGCAUUUAUUGUGUUGUUUGAGCCCAGCAACAUGGUAGAUUUAAUUGUUGCCCAGCUAAAGUGUUUAUAUGUACAUAUAUAUAUAUAUAUAUAUGAAAACCCUCUAGCCUCUAGUUCGGUGUGUAUAAAUAUUAAUGUUAAUUGUGCCGCUUACCAUUUGAAUGUUUUUGAAAUGUGUUGACUCCAAGUAAACUAUAUUUGCAUAUAUAGAAUUACAUCAUACACAUGUCUAAGAACUAAUAUAUCUUAAAGUUUAGCCAAAUGAUGAGAGUUCAAGAAGUUAGUGCAAUGUAUUUGAAUCUCUGUGUGUGUUGCGUUACGUGUACAUAAAUAAGCAAACGAAAUCAAAUGAACAUUUUUGAAUGUCUUUCCCGUUGGUUGAUCACUUAAUUCGUAGCUAAUAACAAUAACAAUAAUAUAUUAUUAACCAUGAGUAUACAUAUUUACGAAUAAAUCAGAACUACAGCUGAUAUCAAUGGAAAUAAAAUACUUCGUGAUUCA